AUGGCACCAAACUAUGGCCUGUUCUACGGUGUAGAGAUCACAACGAUAUGUGUUGCAGUGAUCUGUUUUACGCUGCGGUUGUCAAAUCGAAGCAUCAAGAAGAUCAUAUCCUUUGAUGAUGUUGUCCUCGCCAUCGCAACAUGUAUGGCUAUAUCCAUGACCGCCAUGGUCUGGCGGUUAUAUCGCCUGGGCUAUGCGAUGGAGUUGGACCUUGUUCCCGUCGAGAACAACUAUCCCAUCGGCCGAAUCAGUCUUGCACUGUUUUCCAUGUUCCCCAUGUGCUACAGCCUGAUUCGUAUCUCGAUCCUCUUGACAUAUCUGAAGCUGUUUCCUUCGCAAACAAAUCGCUGGCUCUGCUGGGGCCUGUGUGGACUGCAGAUUGCGUACUCGCUGUGGGCGGGGUUGAGUACGUUGCUGCAGUGUCGUCCUAUCAACAGCUACUGGAACAAAACCAUCGAGGGCUACGUCUGCAACAACCCACGAAACCAAGACUUCGCCAUCUUGACCCUGAACAGCUGCUUUGACAUAAUUGUCUACAUCUGGCCAGCACACUAUCUCUACAAGCUCAACUUGCCCUUCAAGUCCCGCGCUGAGCUGAUCAUCGCGUUCUCCAUUGGCAUUGUGAACCUCGGCCUGUCCUUCGCCCGCCUGUCCCUCCUCGUCGCCAUGUACAGUACCGAAGAGUGGAUGCGCUACGGCCCACCAGGCGUCCUCAUCAUCAUCGUUGAGUCCCACAUUGGCGUCACAUGCGCCUCGCUUCCUUACCUACGCUUCCUCUUCGAAUUUGUAUCGACCAACUACCUUUCGAGGUCUGCAUACGGUGCCACCAAAGACCCAACAAAAGCGAAACACUCGGAUCCGAAUCACGUAAGCCACCCCUUUGUUGAGCUAGAGGGUCGAAGCGGGGGUGGCAUACAAAGGAAGACCGACAUUGAAAUUAGUACAUUUAAAGAAGAAAGCGAAGAAGACCUGACCGCAACGGCAUACGGAGGGAGGAACCGGGCGAUGGAAGAGCAGAUGCGCAGAGAUGAGAGGGCGUGGAGUGGCGAGGAGACGUUACUAGAGGAACAACCAGGUGGUGCGCACCCUGGCAUGGCGAGAUGA